AUGUUCGGACUGUUUACCAAAGAAAUGGUCACAACGACACUCUGGUCCGCUUUCACGAGGCUGAACGGCAUGCUUCGGCACCAUUCGACUUCUCUCCCGCCAGGCCUGCUGGUCGGGCAUUGUCUGAACCUGGAGUCUCAUGUCGCCAGGUCUACUGGGGGGCUCGAGCCAGCUGUUCGUGAGUGUCCGCAGGUCGGUUGCCCAAAAGCUGUGCUGCCAAUCGUUGUCGGAGGCGAGGAAUGCCAACCUAAACAGAAGAAAGGAGAUGAGAGAUAUGUUGCUAAAUAA